AUGGCUGAAGUUUAUAUUUUUGGACAAAUUUUAAGUGCAGAAAAAUUUCGUGAACCAAACCUUUUUUGUCGGUGGAACAUUCAGGCUGGCUCACUGUGGAAAUUCGUCGAAGGAGAAUCUGAAGGACAAACAGCAACUGACUGCAAUAUUAUUGAUAACAUAUCGUAUUUCGGGCAUCCAAUUGAUUUACAUCUAGCUACUCGUGGCAUUCAAGGCUGGCCAAAAAUAAGCAUUGAAAUAUUUUCUGUGAAUGCCUUAAAGCAGUUUUGUCCCGUCGCUAUUGGAUUUACUUACAUACCAACAAAACCAGGCUUCCAUCAACUCAAAAUUGCAACUUGGCGUCUUGCUCCGCAAACUUUUAUCGAUUCCAUUAAGGAGAAGUUCUUUACAGGUGGAUUUACAAUUGUUAAAAAGGACUUGAUUCAUACAGGAAUCGAUAGAUACAAAAUCUCAACAAUUUCAUCAGGAACUAACAUUGUUUGCUUUGCUAUCUUUAUAGUAAUUGCCAUAGCUGCUUGCGAUGAUAACGUGACAACAGUAGAAGUUACUACAUUAUCUGUACCAACAUCAUCGUCUUCUCCUGCACCAAGUACAUCAACUUUAUCGACCAGCACAACUGUUAAUACAUCAUCAACUGCUGUUCCAAAGUUUGAAAAUUCCACAAAAUUGAUUCAAAAUCCCUCAAAUAGGACUAAACUUUUGAAUACAACAAGUUAUGUAUGCAGCUGUGAUUUAACGCUCAACUGUGACAUCAAUUGUUGCUGCGAUAUCGAUUGUAAUGCAGAGAUUAUUGAGGCAUUUGAUUGCUCCUUACGAGUUGAUAUUGACGAUUUCUAUCAUGGUGAAGGUUUGGAGAGAUGCAAUGGCGAUAAUGGUCUAUUGUGCAUUGCUCAUGAUAACAUCCCUUCAAUGGAUCAGAAGCUACACACGCCCUACUAUUCGGAAUAUUCAUCAUACAAAUGGCCAAAAAUCAUUCAAUCCCACGAAACAGAAGCUAAAUAUGAAUUUUCAUCCCAUGAAUUCUACAAAUUUGGAGAUGCAGUCAUGACUUAUAAUACAAAAAUUGAAAAAUACUCAGCAAUAAAUUUGCCAGCAAUAACAAUUGGAGAUUACUCAAAUUGCUUCCUAACUGAACCUGUGAUGUUUCUAAAAUCCAAAUCAAUUCAAUGUCUAAGAUCCUAUAAUGAUUUAUGUUCAUAUAACAAUAAUUUAAUGACACAAUUGAUGCAUUCUCGUUUAUUCCAACAACCUCCAAAGUCAUCAUCAAGCCAAGAAGGUUUAGAGACUUUCAAUGUUAUUAUUGAGUCGUGUAAAUAUUCUUUUGAUAAUUGCACACAAAUUACAGUCAGCAAUAGAAGUAAAAUUGAUGAGAUUCAAGAAUAUUUAUAUGAUGAAGUGUACGAAGACAUCCAAUUGACAUUUCUUAUUAAUGACACAAAAAUACUGUCUGCAACAAUCAAAUUUGGAUGUCAUAAUGAACUAAUAUGUAACAAUAAUGAUGAGUUGGAGACGACAAAGAUUAUACAAAAUAUCAAUGUCAAGUUUGAGAAUGUAAAUGAAAAUCGGACGGAAAGAAGAAUUAGAAAGAAACGACGUGGCUAUAGUGAUAAUGAAUUAAUUAUUGCCUCACGUCUGCGACCAUUAAAUGAAUCAAUAAUAGUUCCAUCAUCGAGCACAGAAAUGAUUUUCGAUUAUUUUCGAAAUGACUCAAUUUUGGACAAAAGCUACUUUUUGAAACUUCCAGAAAUAAGUGAGAAUGGGAAGUGUGUGAUGACUGCUGGCAAGCAUGACUUAAUCAGAUUUAAUGAGAAUUCACAUACAUUCUGUACUGCUGACUUGACAGGAGAUUUGAACUCAAAUUUUACAAUUUGUCAGCAGUUCCAACAUCAAUUAAUGAAUUUCUUAUUAAGUGCUGUAAAUUUAACCACAAACUAUACACUUGAUGGCUACAUAUCUGACGUGUUUAUGUCAAAAUUUUGGACACCACAAUAUGAUAAGAAGUCAUGGAUUCGAGCAAGCUUGCAUAACAUUCCAUUAUGGGCACCAGAAAUGCAGGAAACUGAGAAGAUCAUGACAUGCUUAAAUCUUGUAACAGCAGCAAGCUACAAGUUCCUUUAUUCAACCACAAGAUCUUCCGGUGUUAAGAAAUAUGAGCAUUUUAUUGAAAACUUAAUAGUCGCAUUUGACAAGCUAGAGGAACUCCAAUUCACUUUAGAUGACGCGAAUCAGACAACACAAAAUGUAAAAAUUCAAAUUAAUGUGCAAUUCGUAAAUUUAUUCAACAAGAAUCAUGCAAAUGCAAUUUUAGUGAUGAAUAUUUAUGCAAUGAUUUUGUGCAUUUUAUUAGCCUCAAUGGCUUCUUAGCUGUAAAUUAUGCUUAAAUGUCUAUAUUUGUAAAGUAUUCAUUGUGUGGUGGUUUAGUUUGCACAACUAAUAAUCAAGAGUGUAGGUUGGUAAGGUAAUUAAGUAUGUGGUUUUAAUUACCAUAAUUUUCUUGUCAAAGAUAUAUAAUGUAGAUUACACAUAUCAACUGCUGAUUUAAGAUUAGAUUGUAAAAGUCAA